AUGAACGACCUUAUGUCAUUGGGCAUCCACCGCCUCUGGAAGGACUAUUUCGUCCGCAGCCUCAACCCGGGCAGCCGAACCAGCGAAAAGGGCUGGAAUAUUCUUGAUGUAGCAGGAGGCACUGGCGACAUUGCAUUCCGCAUGCUUGACCACGCUACCAAUGUGAAUUUCGACGUUAAAACAAAAGUCACCAUCGCGGACAUCAAUCCAGACAUGCUAGCUGAAGGACAGAAAAGAGCCCAGGAAACACCGUAUUGGAAUUCAGGGCGACUAUCAUUCAUGGAGGGGAACGCCGAAUCCAUGCCUUCGAUCGACUCGAAUUCCAUUGAUCUCUACACGGUUGCCUUUGGGAUCCGCAAUUUCACCAAUAAAGAUGCUGCCAUUCGCGAAGCAUUUCGAGUCCUCAAACCAGGCGGAGUUUUCGCGUGUCUAGAGUUCAGCCAUGUUAACAACUCACUGUUCAAUACCGUCUACAAGAGAUGGAGUUUUGGCGCUAUACCUUUGAUUGGUCAGUUGGUUGCUGGUGAUCGGGACAGUUAUCAGUACCUUGUUGAAAGCAUCGAGCGAUUCCCCACACAGGAGGAGUUUAAGUCGAUGAUCGAAGUGGCCGGCUUCGUCACACCGGGGAAAGGCUAUGAAGACCUGACGGGAGGUAUUGCCAGCAUUCAUCGAGGCGUGAAACCAUUGUAA